AUGGCGUUGACGACGGCUGCCCUGGUUGCUGGCGGCGCCAGUGUGGCCGCAUAUCUAAAUGCCAAAUACCACAUCCAUCGCGAUCUCUCUACAAUAACCAAGACCAAAUCCGCCGAACGCGCCACCGCGCGUGCAGCGGCAAAUGGCACCCUGUCAGCCUGGAAUUUCUUCGCUGAGCAGGUGAAGAAGCAGCCCAAUGCAACGUGCAUCUGGACGCGAGAGGCGGAAUUCACCUUCCAAGAAGCCCACGACAUGGCGUGCCAGUACGGGCACUACUUGCUCUCCCUCGGCGUCAAGCGCGGCGACCUGGUUGCGGUCUAUCUCCAGAACUGUUCCGAGUUUCCGAUUCUGUGGCUGGGAUUGUGGGCCAUUGGCUGUUCUCCGGCUCUGAUCAACUACAACCUGGCCGGGCCGGCGCUCAUGCACUGCUUAAAGGUUAGCAGUGCGGAGAUCCUGAUCGUCGACUCCGAUCCGGAUUGCGCGGGCAGGGUUGAGGAACAGCGGGCGGCAAUCGAGGGGGAGUUGAACAUGAAACCCUUGCUUCUGGAUGAAAACUUGAAAUCGUAUAUUGCGACUUUCCCAUCCGCCGUCCCUGAUGAGUCGUUCCGAAAGGGCAUUGAGGGCGGGUCGCCAGCCUGCCUGUUCUACACGAGCGGCACAACGGGUCUUCCCAAGGCGUCCGCAUUCACCACGUCGCGAAUGUACUAUUCGAUUCUGACGAGUGAUUUAUUUGAAAGCUCCCGAGGGUCGCGGGACCGCUGGUACAACUGCAUGCCCCUGUAUCACGGCACGGGAGGCGUCAGGCUCCAGGUCUGCCUGUGCCGCGGCGACUCGGUCGCGAUUGGAAAGAAAUUCAGCACUCGGAACUUUUGGAGAGAUGUGAUCGACUCCGAGUCGACGCAUUUUAUCUACGUGGGCGAGACCGCCAGAUACCUCCUUUCGGCGCCUCCGUCGCCGCUGGACCGGCAGCACAAGGUUCGCGGCAUGUACGGCAACGGAUUGCGGCCCGAUGUGUGGGAGCGGUUCCGAGAGCGAUUCGGGGUCCCGUCCAUCUGCGAAUUCUUCAAUAGCACGGAGGGGAUGUUUGGCUUGCUGAACAUCAACCACGGGCCCUACAGCGCCGCGUGCGUGGGCCACCACGGGCUGAUCCUCCGCAAGCUGUUCCACAACACGUACAUCCCCGUUGCGAUCGACUCGGUAACGGGGGACAUUCUCCGCGACCCGGCCACGGGCUUCGCCACGCGCAUGUCGUACGAGGAAGGCGGGGAGAUGAUCGUCGCGGUGGCCAACGAGAGUGCGUUCCAGGGGUACUGGAAGAACCCAGAAGCGACAUCGAAGAAGUUUGUGCGGGACAUCUUUGAGAAAGGGGACCUGUAUUACCGCACGGGGGAUGCGCUGCGGCGCACCGCGGACGGGCACUGGCACUUCCUCGACCGGCUGGGGGACACGUUCCGGUGGAAGUCGGAGAACGUGUCGACGGCGGAGGUGGCGGUGGUGCUGGGGGAGUUCCCGGGGGUGCUGGAGGCCAACGUGUACGGGGUGCUGGUGCCCAACUACGAGGGCCGCGCGGGGUGUGCGGCGCUGCAGCUGGAUCCGUCGGUGCGCGAGCGGUUCGACUGGGCGGGGCUGGUGCGGCAUGCGCGGGAGAAGCUGCCGCGGUAUGCGGUGCCGGUGUUCAUCCGGGUGGUGGAGGCGUCGGAUCACAUCCACAACAACAAGCAGAACAAGGUGCCGCUGCGGGACGAGGGGGUUGACCCGGCGAAGAAGGGGACCAAGGUGAAGAACGGCGGGGCGGAUCGGGUGCUGUGGAUGAAGGCGGAGGAGGACACGUAUAACGCUAGACGAGAAAUGUACACGCAAAAUAAACAUACAACGCUCCGGGGAAUCACAACACUAUCAAACUAUAAACCAAUGGACCGCUGCGGCCACUGCAGCGCCUCCUCCCACUGGGGACCCUUGGGCUCAAAGGCGGCGGACAGCUCGACGAUGAGGGCGCGGCCCGAGUUCCUGGCCCACCAGCGGCUGCCGUCGAGCUCGUGCAGCAGGACGCCCCAGUGCAUGAGGAUGAGGACGGGCAGGGGCUCCUGGUUCUGGACGGCAAAGACAAAGUCCUUGUCGACCAUGGCGAGCCAGCCGAGGACGGCGUCGAUGUUGGCGACGAGGGCGAAGCGGCGGAAGCAGCGGUGCAGCAGGGUGAUGGCGUCCUGGCUGAUGCGGUGCAGGGACGGGUUUGCGGUGUCGAGGGUGUCGUCGUUGAGGGUGGCGAGGCGCUUGAGGGCGAGCUCGGUGUGGUCGUCGAUGCGGUCGGCGGCGGGACGGGCCCAAAAGUCGGACUUGGAGGCGAAGAUGGUGCCCUCGUGCAGCCAGGGGCGGGUGAGCUUGAAGAUGUUGCCGACGCCCUGCAGCAGCUCAAAGACGAAGAUGAUGUUCUCGGCCAUGGAGCUGCCGCGGUCGCGGUCAGAGGUCAUCUGCGGCAGGGCGAUGCCGAGGGCGGUGGUGAUGACAGAGUGCGCGAGCACGGGCUCGCAGUUGACGGGCGUGAUGUUGUCGAGGGCGAGGCGGAAGGGCCCGAUGGCCAGGUUGUAG